GCUAAGGUGCAAACACCAUUAGAUAAACUUGUGACUGCUAUUUGUCAAUCAACAAAUGAGGAAAGAGUUAGUGAAACUGGGGCUUCAAAAAGAGAGGAAACCCACGAAACCUCUAUUGGGCAUGAAGAAGAAAGUGAUAAAAAUGAACAAAGUGAAGAAACUAGAGAAGAAAGUGAAAAAGAUGAUGAAAAAUCUGCUGAAGGAGAUGAAGAAAAUGAAGAAAAUGCUGAAGGAGAUGAAGAAGAAGGAGAUGAAGAAGAAGUAGGUGAAGAAGAAGGAGAUGAAGAAGAAGGAGAUGAAGGGGAUGAAGGAGCUGAAGGGGAUGAAGGAGGUGAAGAAGAUGCAGAAACUGAAAAUGGUAAUGAAGAAGAAGAAGAAUCAACAGAUCAGACCUUAGCCGAGUUAAGAAGAAAAAGGAAACAUAAUGUGGAUGCCAAUCUUGUUGAGUCUUCUAGUAUUGCCACAUAUCCCAAUAGACCUUCGAUUGAGGAGGUCGUCAAGAGUUUCAGCAUUGAAAAGUACGGCGUGACGAUGCCGCUGAAUGGAAAUAAGGAUUUGUCCGGUGAUUUUGUGGUUAGAUCAAGCAUGGGCAAGGGCUUUGACACCUUCAGGGGCAUUCUCCGGUAGCAGGGGUUAGAGAAUUUCUUUACGGCUAGCUGCUAUGGGCUCUAUUUAGAUUUGCCUGAAGAUAGCGAUGCCCGAUUUCAAAUGACAAUGGUUUCUGAGCUUUUGAAGCGUAGGAUUAUUUGUGAUAGAAAGGAUGAGAUUUGGAUCAAUUACUGUGGCAUGCCGGUUUGCUUUGGCAUGAAGGAGUUUGCCAUAGUUACCGGAUUGAGAUGUUAUCCUUGCGAUCCUCUUCCUACUGUUGUAUUAACUAAGCCAGCCCGGACUCCCAAGGCAGCCAAGAAAGCAAAGGGUUCCAAAGCUAAGAAUGAUGUCUCUUUGGUAAACUUAGUGGGAAAGAGCUACAUUCAAAAGAAAUUGUUGCAAUAUUUGGAGUCCAAAACUUUGUUAAAAAAGCACAAGGAGGCACUAUGCUUAGUUUGGUUUGUGCACAGUGUUCUUUGGGCAAGAGACGUAAACUACAACAUACCGCUUGGAUUGAUUAAACUUGCUGAGGACUAUGAUGCCUUCAACAACUAUGCCUGGGGUUUUAAAAGCUUUAGCUUGAUUGUUGAAUAUUUGAUGAAGGAUUUGAAGCCAACGGGGAAGACACAAAACCUAUAUGGCUUCCCUUGGGCUUUCAUGGCUUGGGCAUUUGAAGCCAUUCCUCACCUCGCACCAUCAAGUCAAGGAAUACUCCAAAGAAGUUACCUAUUCAAGAAUUCUUAGAUGACUCACUGCUAGGAACAACACAAAAUUGAGUGUUGACCUUUUCAACCCCCCUAAGGAAGCUGUUGUGAACCCAUGGCUUGUCCCAACAAUAAGAGAGUUGGAGAUGCCAUGCCUUGUCACCUUUGUGCCCAUAGAAUCUGUGCCUGACAGAUUGAUUGAUGGGUUCAAAGGGGAAUUGGCUGGAGUGACAGCCAUCACUAGGGUUGAUGAUGUUGUAGCUGGUGGUGGUGGUCAUGUUGUUGUUGGUGCUGGUGGUGAUGUUGCUGUUGAUGAUGUUGGUGGUGUUGAUGCUGUUGGUGGUGUUGUUCAGCCUGUUGAUGUUGUUGUUGUUGUUGGUGGUGGUGGUGGUGAUGUCCCAGCAAGUAUUGCUGGGGAAAAAUUAAGAGAUGAUGAUGCUAAUAUUGGUGGAUUUACUCUAGUUGCUGGAUUUAGUGAUUUUUUCGGAUUUGGUGGUAAUUUUAGUGCUGGUGGAUUGAGUGGUAGAAGAUUUACUAAUGUUAGUGCCGGUACCUCUAAGGUGCCCUCAUGUGCUUGUGAGUGCACCACUUGCAAGGACAAAAUGGAUAAUUUGAUUAGAAAGGUGGAGGAAUUGGUACAGCCCAAGAAGCCACAAGCACUUCUAUCCAGAGGUUGAUAUCCAAGAGGGGUAUCAAUCCAUCAAAGAAUCUUUCCUCACCUUAUACUCCUGUUCAUGUUCGGAGGAGGGCAAAGCAAUUGCCAAGGCACUUGCAUCAGUUAGAUCAAGAAAAUGUUGCGUUACUCCCAGUAAGUCAAUUGAGACUCCUCUUCUUGAUGUUGGGCCAAAAGUGCUAAAGAAGGUGGACAUUUUCAAGCCUGUACAUGCCCAAAGAAAGAAAAAGGUUGAGACUACAAUCAAGUCCAAAAAGAGUGGGAAAAUCAUGUACUCAAUGCAUGAAUUUGGAGCAGCAGACUUAAAGGCUUUGACAAGCAUGAAAAUUUGGUGGGAGGAUUGGUAUGUAGAUGAAGUCCUUCUUCUAAUGCGUAUGAGGCAAAUCAAUUUCCCGGAGUACUACGAUUCCACUGACAUAAUCCUGGACCUCAACUUUUACAACAACAUGUCCAAAAGGUAGUCAGAAUUGACAAAAGAGAGUACAGUUCCGAAUGACGAGCCUCUGAAGGUUAGACUUGCUGAAUUCAAGUGGGAUGAUGAUAUGGUCGAUUAUUGUAGGGGUGUUAGACCCUACCCGGGUGGCUGCUCGUGGGCUGGUGCAAAAAGGGUUUUAACAGUGAUGAAUAUUAAUGUCACAUAUUUUGUCACUCUUGAGUUCAUGGUUGAAGAGGGAGUGGUAAAUGUGUAUGACUGCAAUGUCCCUGUCUACGAAGAAUCUGAUUUCUUUUGUUUCAUGGAGCCGGUAAUGGAAUUGUGGCCCAAGUUAUUGCAACAGAGUGGCAUGUUCGCACACUUGCCUGCAAAGUUACUCAAUGAAUCGUGGGAAUUCAAGAGGCUACAGAAUCUCCCCCGCAAUGUCACUAGUAGGGCAUGUGGUUCGUGGUCAAUUGCUUUUAUGGAGGCUUUGCUUACCGGCACAACUGUGACAAAAUCCGAAAGUCUAAUCAGCGACAACUCAAUUGGGAGGAUGCAAUAGAGAUGGGCAUUAGGUGCCAUUGAAAAGGUGUUGGAGCCCUAAGAUGGGUUGAUAAACAGUUUAUUGAUUUUGCGUUUUUU